UCAGCCGGCAGGUGCAGGUGGUGGCGGCAUUCCAGGGAACAACCCCCUCUCCCUUCGUUUGGUUAAUUAUCUACCCCCCCCCCACAGACAGAGCGCAGAAUGGUUGAUAACAACCGCAGCAGUAUCAACCCGGGCCCGCCUGCGGGGGUCCGCAAGUUUACGCUGUCGUGUUCCAGAUGUAGAGCCUCCAAGCUAAAAUGCGACCGUGCAGAACCUUGUAUAGAGUGUGUCAAGCGUAACAUCGGUCAUCUUUGUACCAAAGAUGAGCGGCACCCGAGGGCCAAGCGGUCCAAAACCGUGCACCGAGGCAAGAUAGCGUCCAAGCAAGAUCUAACACAAGAUGGGGACGGCGAAGGGGAAGCAGAGGAGACAGCUCAGCUCUUGGAGCGUUUCGUGGAAGGCAUUCCUCGUUCGAAUUCUACGGCGGCAACACCAUUGUCAGUCGCCCCGGAUUUUCCGAAUCGAUACUGGUCCACGACAGACCCUAAGCGACACGGUGAACAGAUCGCCUUGAUCCGAGAAAUCGUCGAUGUACUCCCGGAGUGGGAGAUGAUUCAUCUCCUUUUUGAAGUUUUUGUCACUCGCUGCCAGGGUCCGCUGGGGAAUGUGGUGCAUACUCCGACCUUCAUGGCGCAAGCUGCAGAGUUCGGCCACUGCUUGAGUCUUUCUUCGCCAGACGAACGGACCUCUGCAAUAGCCAGUGCAGUCACGAUGGAGACACUGGGCUGUUACCUCUUAGCGCUCGUGCUCGGUCUUGCUUUCCAUCCAACCCCUUCUAUAUUGGGGUGGAGUCCUACGCCGUUGGCUCUACGUGUGGAGGAGCUCCGAGCGUCUGGUACAUGUCCAAAAACAUGGAGAACUCUGGGAUUGCGCUGUGUUCAAGACGGAGUAUCUUUCUUCUGUGGCUCAAUCGCCGGAUUACAGGCUGCAGUCAUGCUUUUACUGGACGGCCAGGAGGGUUCGUUGGCGCUGGACGCGGUUCUGGUCACUGCGAUCUCCGGAGCUCGCAGACUCGGGUUGCAUCGGCUGGGGGAUAUCAAGUUGGACGCGUCUGCAUCAUAUUCAGCACCACUCGAAAACGGCACGAUAACACCGGCAGAACCACUGCAUCUUCGCACGGAAAUAGGUAUUCGCAUAUGGUGGGCGCUCGUUCAAAGGGAUUGGUCGCGCGGACAAACCCUCGGCUACUACACCAUUCAACCAUCACAAUUCAACACCCGGAUGCCGUUGCACGUCAAUGACGACGAUAUCUCUCUACCAACUUCGCAAGUAGAUGCAAAUAGAGUCAUUGUAGAGCGGCCUCGAUCCGAGUUCACGAUGAUGUCGUAUACUCUCCACGCCCUGGAAGUCAGCUCGAUUGUCCGCGACUCCAUCGCACUAUGGGGAUCACAACCAUAUGCGCCUGGGGAAACCACUGGGCCUGCCAAUUUACGCAAACAUCUCAACAACAAAUACGAGAAGUACGUUGCUGGUCUGCCGGCGUAUUUCCGACUGGGCAGCACGGUCGGACUUACCGCCACCGGCGGUCCCAUGGCGGCGAUCCCCGUGCAACGCUGGAUGCUGCACCAGCAACUGUGGAGCUUACUGCUUCGACUGCAUCGGCCCAACCUCUCAUCGCCAAUUGGUCGUCCUUUCUGCCAGCUCUUGGCGCAGAAUAUCAUCGGUACCCAGGGUCAGAUCCAGGCGCGAUGUACCGUCUGUGGCUCGCUGUGGACCAGUGAGAUACAGCUCUUCAAUGCGGCCGUGGUGUUGCUCCUCGAUCUGCUCUUCACCUAUAGUCCCGGGGAUGAUGGAGAUAGUGCUAGUGCACAGCACCUUAGCCGACUGAUGACUCGCGACAAGAUCCGGGAAGCGAUGGAAUUGUUGCGAGUCGGGGAUUUCAAAAAGCUGCCACCGACGCUCCAAGAUCCGCACAGAGAAUCAGAGGCGGAACCGCCCGCUCAGCGCUGCCUCAUUGCUCUGGAAGCCUUGACGAAGCUCGAUGAAGACGACAGUCAACAUAACGACGGCAGUGCUGCGGCCGGAGGUCAUCGCGGGGAACACCCCGCUGCUGCAAGCUCACGAAAGCUCAGGGUCGCGGGUAUACUGAAGGCCGUGAGCAGAAAAGCAGUUGAUCCUGCUGAUGCACCCGAGCAAGAACAUCCGCAAGCCCCAUUCGAGCCUCUUUCACCAUCCAACCCAUUACUACCAUUAGUCGAUGGUGGUGUCCCCGACGGGUUUCCGGAGCUCGACGUGCUGCCGCUUCUCUCCAACGGCCUCGUCAGCCCGGACGACCUUUGGCAGUGGCAGUUGUCGGACUUUCCCCUGCCACCACUCGAACCUUGGGAUUCUCACUCCAAAGAUGCCCCGUUUGCUACCCUAGGGGACGACCUCCCUGGCGCACUUGGACUGGGCGUUUCAGACACGUCGACAUUUGCCGACUCAUACAGUGAUUGUACUCCUGGCACGCGCAUGACCCGCACACCUCCU